GCAGAGAUAGUCAGUAUCCGGAUCAAAUGGCCACAAUAUGGCGUAGACUGUUAGUUAUCGUUAGUUGAUAAACAAAUCUGUUGUUGGCUUCAAGUGUAAGCUUUUUCAUUGGCGUGUUUAUAACGAAAAAAUUUUUAAUUUGGGUUUAAGAAUCAUCUGUCGGCAACAUGGGAGGCGGGGAUCUUAAUUUGAAGAAGAGUUGGCAUCCGCAAACAUUAAAAAACAUCGAGCGUGUUUGGAAAGCUGAACAGAAGUUUGAGGCAGAACGGAAGAAGAUCGAAGAACUCCAGAAGGAGCUAAAAGAUGAAAGAGCUCGUGAAGAGCUCACAAAAUUCGCUCAACAAGCUGGUGCAGUCAAGAAAAAAGAUGACCGUUUGGACUGGAUGUACCAGGGACCAGGGGGUCAGAUCUCACGUGACGAGUACCUGCUCGGCCGCCCUGUCGAUAAGCAGAUCCUUGAGCAGUACGAGGAGCCAGAGACUGGCCCCUGUGCCCAGACUGGCCUGCUACCGGGGUCCAUUUUCAACCCCAACACCCCAGCAUCCAACCUGGACAUGGCUGCGAAGAUCAGGGAGGAUCCCCUGUUUGAAAUUCGCAAGCGAGAGGAGGAGAAGAAGCGAUCAGUUCUCUCAAAUCCAGUGAAAAUGAAGAAAAUCAAAGAAAUGCUCCGUCAAAAUCUUGAUGUGAAAGACAAGAAGAAGAAGAGGAAGAAGGACAAAAAGGACAGGAAGGAGGAGAAGAGAGAGAGGCGGAAAGAGAAGAAACACAAGAGGAGGGACUCUAGUUCCGGCUCUGAGGACGAUUAUCGGAAGCCACGGUCCCAUGCCAAAGACAACUCUCCAUCCCCACCUACAUCUCACCACCAUCACAAGCCUGGCUAUGGGCUGCUGAUACCAAACGGCCGUUCCCAUCACUCCUCAGCGGCCACUGACCGCUCUGCUAAUCAUCAGCGAGAUCGGAGCCGUUCCCCCCCCUCACACCAUUCCCACCGGGACAACCAUUCGUCCCACGAUGCCGAGCGCCGAGGCCCGCCCCGGAGGCCUCCCAGCCCGCCCAAACCACGCUACCAACGACCCAAGCACGCCAACCACACCAAACAUGCCUCUGCAGAGGAUCUGGAGAAGAAGAGACGGCAGAUGAUGGAGUUUGCCCAGCAGAGGGACGAGGAGCGGGAGAGCAACGUGCGCCGAUACAGACAACAGGAGGAGCAGGAGAAGGCGCGGGACACCAAAAAACCUGACCGCCAUGCCAGCUUUAUCCAUGAGAUGAAGCUGGAGAGUGCUGCCACCUCGUCUGUGGAGGACCGGGUCAAGAGGAACAUCCACUCCAUCCAGAGGACUUCUGCAUCCCUGGAGAAGAACUUCAUGAGGAGAUAAACAUGAGCUGAGGAGUGGGAGAGAGAGAUGGAGGGAUAGAGAAAUAUAUGGAGAAGAAAUGGGGGAAGUAGACUGUAUAGACUGAGCGUCAGGGCCUCCUGGAAAUUAUUUCAAACUCCCAGACUUCAUAAGGCCUCAGUGGGUUGAGUGUAUAGGAACAUUUGGGAACAAACAAAAGAAUACUGCUGUGGCUACCUUUCUCCUAUUUCUUAGUUUUUUGUAAAGGUUCUUAUCAAAUAGAUCAGCACAAUAUGUGUUUUCUUUUCUGUAUAUUUUAAAUGCGUCAUUUGUACAGAUUUUCUCUGAUCCUUGUGGUAUCCAUAUAUAGUUCUACUGUCUAAAGUAAUGCCUAUAUAUACUCAAAUUGGUGGAUAUAUUGAAUAUUUCAGCUGGCCAUCAGCCUCUUUGUUUAAUUUCAAUGCAGUUUCUCCCAUGUUUUUACCUUUCAUUAUUUUGACAGAUAAAAAAAAUCCAAACAUA